AUGUUCACCAUGAUGGACAGAAAACAACAUGCCGAACGGAAAAAGAUGAUAUCGAAAAGCUACACUAAAUCAACUAUCUUGUCUUCCGGCGCCCUACGAGAGACGUUAAAUGUUCUGGUCUCAGAGCAGCUCUUGCCACUCAUAGAAGAGAGUUCCACCACGAGGAUACCGAUAGAAGUGUGCGAUCUAAAUCGAGCAUAUGCGAUGGAUAUCUUCACAAGCUACCAGUACGGGUCCUCCUUAAAAACAACAUUCAUCCAAGACAUGAAGCGCCGUCAAUGGUACUUUACGAGAUAUUUUCGGAGCAGACCAUAUUUUUUUGCCAUGACAGAGAUGCCAGGUUUUCUUACUCUCCUCUCUCGGCUAAGCGCUCCCUUCAGAGCGAGGUCGAUCAAGAAGGCUCUCAACGAGCUUGAGAAUUGGAACCUCGAAAUGUGCGACAAGGCUGUGGGGCUUAUCAUUGCCGAAGAAUCGAGUGGGAUUGGCAUUGCGAAGAGGGAGUACCCUGUCAUUUUAGCGCAACUAUAUGUCUCACUACAACGUUUGCACUCAGAGAUUACGGAUCUCAGUUCGCCGCAGAAACAGUCUGCCUACCCUUUUCGAUACGAACUUGCUAGCGAAAUGUUCGACCACAACUUGGGUGCUCACGAAACCAUUGGAAAUGCUAUUUCGUGCAUUCAAUUUGAGCUGUCGCGUCAUCCAAAAGUGCAGGAAAAAUUGCGUACCGAACUUCAAAAGCUCGUACCUAUUCAAUCUUCAUGCAGGGGAGGUAGCGAAAUUCUUCUUCCCAGUCUUCAGGCAGUCGACUCCUGUCCAUUUUUAAAUGCAGUCAUACUGGAAACAUUUCGAGUGUGGCCCGUGGCACGUACUCGGCCACGACUAUCACCGACAGUAUGCUCGCUGGAGGGUUACGGGAACAUCCCCCGUCAUGUCAAGAUCCAGGUCUACCCCUAUACACUGCAUCGCAACGUCGACGUUUUUUCCGAGCCAGAUGCUUGGAUACCCGAACGCUGGACUUGCUCUGGUCCUGAAAAGGUUGAAACGAUGAGAAAAUGGCUGCUGCCGUUCGGUGGUGGCGAGAGAAUGUGUAUCGGGAACCAUUUCGCAAACAUAACAACUAAGUACCUCAUUGCGGCAAUAUAUACAAAAUAUACCAGUACUGUCGUCUUCCAACGCGAUAUGAACCUUACCGAUGGAUUCAUUGCUGGACCUCAAGGGGGGAAAUUGACUCUGCAGUUCCAGCACGCCUAG